GCAAAUACCAAAGUUUUACUACAUCAAUUACUUUCGUUAUUAAUUAAACAGUUAUAAAGUUAAGUAAAGCCAUGAUUUGCCAUGACACAUCAAAACAACCUUUUCCAAUUCUAAGAUUCAAAAAGCUAUUUAUGUACCCUUUCUUCGUCAAAAACUUAUUUCCCACACCCCCCAAAAAAAAACCAACUCUCUCCAUAGCCAUGGCAUUUCACUUUCACCAAUCAACACUCUUUACCCUCCUACUAUCCCUCAUUUUCAUAACCACACCUUCACAUUCUCUCAACUGUUCUUCACAAAAACUUGCAAACAAUCUCUACACAAACUGCACAAAUCUCCCAACACUUGACUCAUCUCUCCAUUGGACUCACGACACAAAAACAUCGACUCUUGUUAUCGCAUUUGUCGCGCCUCCUGCUAAGCCCAACGGAUGGAUCGCUUGGGCUAUUAACCCAACACAACAUGGCAUGGCUGGUUCACAAGCCUUGAUUGCUUUUAAAAACUCAAAUGGGUCGAUGAAUGUCAAGACUUAUAACAUUAGUUCGUAUUCUGAUAUUGUUGAAGGUAAGAUUGCGUUUGAUGUGACGGAUUUGAAAGCAGAGUAUAGCGGUGGGUCCAUGAAGAUCUACGCCACUUUGAAGUUGCCAAAGGAAAUGACUCAGGUGAAUCAUGUAUGGCAAGUGGGGAGUGAAGUAAUGGAAGGAAUGCCGGCAAAACAUGAGUUUCAGCCAGCAAAUUUGAAGGCAAUGGGAAAGCUGCAACUGAAAAUGGUAGAGAAAGCAAAGAGUAGUAGUAAUGAUACAACAACAGCUACAAACACUACUACAGGUACAAGUGUUGGAAGUCCUGUUAUUGCCCCAAGUCCAAGCCCUAACAACACUAAUGAGGGUUACAGAAAUAGAUCAAUUAUGUAUGUAUUUUUUGUGCUUAUUGUUGGGGCUUUGAUCUCAAAUUAAUUAUAAGAUGAAUGUAACAAUCAAACAUUAUUGGGUUAUAUUAUUGUCUAUCCAUUCACUCGGUUUGAGUUUA